AUGCUUCUCUUUUCUCGCUCGUUCGCACUCUGCGCGGUCGUCGCCAUCACCGUCGGUCUCGCUCAGGCGGUCGAAGCCGUGAACGAGUCUGGCACGACCUCGGUCGCCCGCCAAGGACCGCGCCGUCUCGCCAGGAGCGACAGGGCUUCGCUCGCUGCCUCGUCGGACCAGGCUGUGACGGCGCAGGAGAAGCAGCUUGUCGAGACUGGCCACUCGUCGUUGGUGAGGAAGCGCAAGCGCUGCUACUACGUCGGGACGUUCUUCCACCGCAUCGACUGCAACGCUCCCGCCAACUCGACCUCCGUCCCUUACUCGCACGCUCCCGAGCCGACGGCUGAGGUGCUCUAA